AGUUUGGUUUCUAGGGUUGGUGCUCCCGCGUCCCACGAAAAAUCAUGUUCUUCCUUUUGUUGUUCUCUUGGUAUCUUUUCGUUAAAUAGGCCACUGAUUUGUUCGAAAUGCCUAUUAAUUUCCAGUUUCUUGUGCUACUUCAUCCGUCGUUUCGUAUCACUCGUCUCUGCGAUCUCUGCUGGCGACCAUGUCGUUGAAAGAAGUUUAUUUGAAGUUCGGGGAACGCAACAAGUGCGUGAAGUUCCGCAGUGCAGCUGACAAGAAUGAUGUUGAAGCUCUACGAGAAGCAUUGGAAGUGGCCAAAGAACAUGAUUAAGACCUCAAAAGACGAAUGGAUGGGUGCAGUGUAGUGUUCCAGAAGCUUAAAUUGAAGAAGUCGACGCAGCAAAGUGUACUGGUAGACAUUGAUGAUGUCGAAGACAUUGAAGACGAAUGUGACAUUGUGACAGUGUUUUGUCCCAUCUUAGCCUCCAACAUACCUAUCGUUUUCGAUACUGGAAACAUCACAGUCAGUGAAGAUGGAAUCUGCACUAUGGAGAGUGAUUCGUCCAAUGGUAAUGCAGCCGAAAGUGCCCUAUCUUCUGGCGCAACUUUGUCAGUCCAAACCUCAGGUGGAGAUAACCUCACUUCGCCACAAGCGAAUUUGAGCAGUGACAUUCCUCCAAUGUCUAAAGCUUCGCCAGGGUAUGCUAGAAAGGGCCGAAAGGAUCAGAACCCCGCAUUGCUUUCUUUGCCAACUCUGAGCCCCUCCUUGAAAGCUUUCCAAGGAAAAGCUAAUACCUGUAUGGAGAAGUUUAUUGCGUUCUAUGGCAAUUAUUUAAGAACUGUGACUGAGGAUUUGAUUUCUAAAACGGACUACAGAGAUUUUGCUAUCACCAUUGUCAACGCACACUCUGAAUUGGGCGACCCAUCUAAUUCUGAGAACUCUCAUCAUCUAGUGAAAGACAUGCUAAGCCAGUAUGUGAGGAAUUGCCGGAGAAAAGACAGAAUUUGGAGCAAUGUCAAUUUGGAAGCUGUUGCAGAACAGCCAGCCAAGAAGCGCCAACGCAAGACAACCAUGCCUGCUGAAAUGCACGACGUGAUCCUCCCGGGAUGCAAUCCGACACCGGCGCUCCGUGUUCGCCAUCGUCAUCUGGCCCCUCAUGUGGACUAAUCCUGCUUGUGUCAUGAGGUGAACGCGCCUGGAAACGAGAAGCCC